UUGCCAGCAUUGGAUCUGGUUCUUACAAGUAACCAGAAGGUACCGGUCACGUGUACAGCCCUUCGAAAUAUAAAUGCCAAUGUGCUGUGCAGCGUCAUAUGCGAAUUCCAUUAUGCGUUAGGUGUGCAAACCGAUUUCACAACACAAGCAAACUUCCUGCCCGAACUGCUUCUAUCAUAUCUUCCCAAGCAGAAGGAAUCUCAACCGGUUGGAGCACUUUCUUCUAAAGAAAAAUCAACGGAAAAAAGCGAAAACGAAGAGGAAGAUCAGCGAAAGUACGUCUGUACGGAAUGGAAGGUGGACCCAAAGAUACGCUUCAUCGAUAAAGUUAACGAAAACGAAGAGGAAGAUCAGCGAAAGUACGUCUGUACGGAAUGGAAGGUGGACCCAAAGAUACGCUUCAUCGAUAAAGUUAAGUGGGACCCACCGAUUUUCGAUCAUCGAAGAACGAUACCAAAAGUUGUGCAGCGGCAUUUUUUCGAUCAAUGCGAUCUUUUCGCGUCAAAAGCUCUUCUGUGCAUAGUUAAAAUUGCAAAAGAAGCUUCACUAAAAUCUGAUUCAUCAGUCGAUUACUUAUCUGAAACGAGGUGAUC